AUGUAUGGACGAGAGCAUGAAGAGCCACAUUUGAAGCGAUCAAGUUUGCCACAGCUUGCGCCGAUAGACAAGGCAACUGAAAAUGUAAAAGUUGGAAAGAGCAAGGAGAAACCUGACGAGAAAAAGAGCGACGAAGGUCUAAACAAGGACGGAAAGAAAGAACCUCUGGAGCCAUCGCCAGUAGACUACUGGGCUUCUGCCGACCCUGGCAAGGUUGGCAUGCCGCCACCUCCGCCACUUCCUCCUCCUGGAAUGUCGAUGCCUCCACCCCCAGGAAGUGAAGGUAAGAAAGAAGGGGAAGGAUUGUAUGAAAACUUGGAAGUUCCACCAGGAUUCGUAGCACCUCCACCACCUCCACCACCACCAUGA